AUGAACGACAUCUACAAAGCAGCGGUAGAGCAGCUGACAGACGAGCAGAAAAACGAGUUCAAAGCGGCCUUUGACAUCUUUAUCCAGGAUGCGGAGGACGGCUGCAUCAGUACCAAGGAGCUGGGCAAGGUGAUGAGGAUGCUGGGGCAGAACCCCACCCCCGAGGAGCUGCAGGAGAUGAUCGAUGAGGUGGAUGAAGAUGGCAGUGGAACUGUGGACUUUGAUGAGUUCCUGGUGAUGAUGGUGAGGUGCAUGAAGGACGACAGCAAAGGGAAAACAGAGGAGGAACUGGCAGAUCUCUUCUGCAUGUUUGACAAGAAUGCGGACGGCUAUAUAGACCUGCAGGAGCUGAAGGUAAUGCUGGAGGCCACAGGGGAGGCCAUCACUGAGGACGACAUUGAGGAGCUCAUGAAGGACGGAGACAAGAACAACGAUGGGAAAAUCGACUACGACGAGUUUUUAGAGUUCAUGAAAGGAGUAGAAUAA